GAGCGGGUUUGUUCCGAACUGCUUGUUGAGCUUCAGAUUGGCUACGACGUCGAUCCAUCCAGAGCCGGCUGACGAGGACGACAUUCUCCAGCACGGCCUGUUCAGCAUGUCAAAGAAGAAGGUCGUCGAACACAUCGAACUUCUGGUGCAUUCAGAGCUUCCCCUUGCUUGAUGAAGCUGACAAGUCCAACGUUGUGAAUUGCGUCGGCCAGUUGUUCAUAGAGAUGGUCGAAGGGAUGGGCAGAUUGUUUCGUUGCGGGACGAGAGAAACGAUGCCAGCGACCAGGGGAUUCCGCCGGCGCUCCCACAGGAGUACGCCGAGUUAUUGUCGCGUGAGUUGUUCCAGAUGGUCUUGUUGAUGAAUCAGCGUCUACUUUCCACCCCGGGCUGUACCGAAUUCCGCCUCGAUGCCAUCUGCAAACACCACAAGAUGCUCGUGACUGAGGCGAAGCAAGAACUCGUGGCGAAAGCCCUGAAGGAGUGUCACGAUGGUCACUUUUCAUUCACCGACGCGUGUGCGAUUCCCUGCCUGGACGGCAAGUACAAGGAUCUCGUAGAAUUUGCCGGCGGCUUCGCCUCCUGCUUUCCCAACACUUCUACGAUUGAGGCCGAAUUCUCCCAUCUCAAGUACGAGAAGGACGUCUGGCGCAAGUGCCUGUCCGACCUGAUCCUACAGGGCAUCCUGCACUGCCAGCAGUACCCUCUCAUCCAGAGCAUUCCCACCAAGCUCCCAAAGCCUGCCCUCACCUCCCCACAUGUCUUACCCGUUGCCAAACCAAACGAAACAUGUUUUUAGAGCAAUUUUGUGAGACGCCUAAUCUUAUAUUCUACAAACGCCUAUUCCUGGUAGAAUUAGGCAAAUUAAGCGUACGCCUAACCUUAAGAGGCCUGUAUAUGACUCAUGGUUCAGCAAGAUAUCAAGCAUGAAAAAAUAUUUA